UAUGUUGGGGGUCCCGGGUUGAUCGGCCUUUCUACCAGCAGUGCGCUGGUGGUGACUGAGCUCUUUUGCCCCAGUAGCCUACAAUUUACACACGACGCUAGCUCCAAAGUUGCUACACACAAAGUCGGGCAGGAUAACUUCAACACUAACUCUUUGAGAUGGGCGAUCAUUAGACACCACCCGUAGGUGACUUUUGGAUAGCUAUGCAUGCGAAGGGUAAAGAGUGUGCGAGGCCGGAGCGCCGACCUUUUUUGCCCAGUUAUACUUAUAUCCUUUCCAUUGGAGCGGCGUGUAUUAUUAUCAUAGCAUGGUUCACCAUCAUUCCAUCAACCAUUUCUCCAUGGAAGCUGUUUCACUGCAAACAUGCGUCCGUUUCACCAGUCGACAGGAUCUUACAAACAGCACCUUUGAUAGAUGGCCACAACGACUUUCCAUACUUUAUUCGAGCCCUUUACAACAAUGAUAUAUAUCACAAGAACUUCUCCAAUGGCAUAGAGCUCCCAGGCCAGGUGGACUUCCCACGCUUACGAAAGGGUGGGCUGCGAGGCCAGUUCUGGAGUGCGUACGUGCAGUGCCCCAGAAAUUCCCACAACUUUUCAGACGAAACCUACCAAGAGACUGUUCACGACACCUUCCAGCAAAUAGACCUGGUUCACCGCCUCGCAAAAGAAUUCCCACAACACCUACGUAUCGUCUCCUCCGCGAAUGACGUAUGGACCAAUUUUGCCAAUUCCGACACCAUAUCCAGCUUCAUUGGCGUUGAAGGCCUGCACCAAAUUGGUAACAGUGCCAGCAUUCUGCGCAUGUAUCACCGUCUGGGCGUACGCUAUGUAACCCUCACCCACAGCUGCCACAACAAAUAUGCCGACAGCGCAACACCGGAAAAACCACUCCACAACGGCCUGUCGCCUGCGGGAGAAGCCAUGGUUCGCGAGAUGAACCGGCUAGGCAUGAUCGUGGACCUGGCGCAUGUGAGCAAUAAUACCAUGCGCGAUGCGUUGAGGGUUUCUUCCGCGCCGGUCAUUUUCUCACACUCAUCAAUAUAUGCGCGAUGCGCGCAUCCACGGAAUGUGCCCAAUGAUGUUCUCUUGGAGCUGAAGAAGAAUGGUGGUGUGAUUAUGAUUACGUUUUUCCCGGCGUAUACGCGCUGUGAUGGUAAGGGGACGGCGUCGCUGUCGGACGUUGCGGACCAUGUUCAGUACGCGGGGGAAUUGAUCGGGUACGAACAUAUUGGGCUUGGAGCAGAUUUUGAUGGAAUGCCCGAUGCAGUGAAAGGACUAGAAGACGUUUCGAAGUAUCCCGAUCUUAUUGCAGAGCUGCUGCGGCGCGGGGUGUCUGAGAAGGAUCUGCAAGGGGUUGUGGGAGCGAAUGUCCUAAGGGUGUUGAAGGAGGUUGAGCUGGAAGCUGAGCGGCUAAAGGAUGUUAAGCCUUUGCAGGAUGAAGUCAAGAAGCUGAAUUAACGGGUUUUUGGCUACGUGCCCUGGAUAUGGACAGGAAAUCAAAUGCCUGACAUCUUAGGGGGUCAAUCCCGCAUCAGCCUAGAGCGGGAUCUGUUAAGCUCUGAGCAGGCUGCUUGUGAGCCCUUACAACCCUUCAAUAAUCUAUAUCAGAAAUAUAUUAUUACGUCACGACCAUCUGGCCACACAUCUCACAAUGAUGCUUACAUGGAUUGGAGCUAUAAGGCAGAUCCCUCCGUGUCUAAUUUCUAUCUAGCUACCAGAUGAUAAUUACCCCCUCAACUUAUCUCACACCAAGUUCGAGACGUCUUGUUAGAUUGCAUUCUAUGCUACCAAUUUGGAUUGGGUUGUCAUAGAACGAAACAGCAUGCAUAAAGAGUUGGAGAUCUACAGCUUGACCCUUCCGGCCUUCAACGCCUCCCACUGAUCUGCUUCGAAGGGAGUAUACGCAUUCCCACCAGGAGGGAGCCAGAACAAACGACCACCUGUGCCGUUUUCCUUGAUCUUAUCCAGGUCGACUCCCUCAGCUCUCAGCUUUCCCUUCUGCAACUUCAUCGUCCCUGUCGUCUCAAAACUGGGCACAACACGCACGAAAAUUGGCACCGCAUAUCGAGGCAACACGCCAAUCGCAUACUUUGCAAAUGCGCCAAAGUCGAACGAAUCGACCGUCAUGCUGUCUGCCAGCACGAGGGCUGCACAGCCAGCUCGUCCGUCCGCAUGAGGCACCUGCACACCAUAGACGUUUGUUUCGGCAAUGUUGCCGAAUUUACCCAGCACAUCUCCGACUUCGUUCGUGCUCACAUUUUCGCUCUUCCAUCGGAAUGUAUCUCCUAGGCGGUCCACGAAGUAGAGACAACCAUCUGGGUCUUGGCGCAUCAUAUCCCCCGAUCGAAACCACAGGUCUCCCUUUUGAAAUACAUCGCGGAUCUUCCGUUUCUCGCUCGCCCCCUUGUUUCCAAAGUAUCCAACAAAAGCAGCAUUGGGUGCGGCAGGGUCCAGUUUAUACAGUGUUUCGCCGGGUUCGCCAUCUUUGCACGCAAUGGCGAACCCAUUCUUAUCCCGCUGAAUUUCCUCGGUUACAACAUCAAUUUUCACCCGUUUCUCAUUGCUUCCGUUCACCCAGUGCCAAUAUAAGCCCCGUACCCCGAUUGCGCCAAGUCCGAAAUCGCCUCUAUUGGCGUUGAAGCUUGAUGAUACCCCAUCAGUGGCUGCGUAAAGCUCGUUGAUUGUUUCAACGCCGAAGCGCUCACGGAAAACACCCCAUACAUCCGGUCGCAUGCCGUUCCCCCAGGCCAUUCUCACGUUGUGCUUCUUAUCUAGCGGUGAAGGGGGUGCAUUGACGAGGUAUCGGCACAAUUCACCAACGUACUGAAUAAUAUCCGCUUGCGACUCACGAACCUCUGGCCAAAAAGUCUUGUGGCUAAACUUGCGGCUAAGGAUCACGGUUGAUCCUGCAUAUAUCGAUGGAUUGAUACAAAGCCCGUGAGCUGCGCCGUGGUAAAGUGGUAGACAUGUAUACAUUUUCGUGCCGGGUUUGAGACCGAGGUAUUCGCACGCUCCCCUUGAUGUGGUAAGUUCUUUCCGUCGAAUCAUAUUAGUGGCCUUGGGGAAGCCGGUCGUACCUAAAUAUCAACGAUCAGUUGGUGCACAAGGGAACGACCGUGGGCGUUACGCAUGGCCCAAAAGAGUCCGUACCCGAAGUAUAUAUCAAUGACGCCAAAUCUUCCAUUCCAACACCCGCCCGUCUAGAAUCGGGAGUGGGUGUGCUAUUUUUGAGCAAACCGAUAAACUCUGAAUCAUAAUAUAUCGUCUGGACAUUCGCCUCUUUCAACUCUUCCUCACAAGGCCGGACCAAAUGCUCCGUCCCCCGAUCCGCUAGCAAAUAUCUCGCUCCACACAACUUCACACAAUGCACCAGCGGCGCGGCCGUAAGGUUGCAAUUGAUAAAUGACGGACAGGCAACUAUGGAUUCCAGCCCAAACCACAGCAGAAGAUAUUCAGGCGAAUUCCCGCCGUCCAGGGCAACCAGCUCGCCCCGUUGGACCCCUAAAUCGUUCAUCAGCCAGUUCCCGACCCGAUGUACAUCAUCAAAGAACUGCUUGAAGGUCCACGAGCGGUCUUCGAAGACCAAGAAAAUAUUAUUCUGAUUCUCUCCCCGGGCAUGGGCCUCGAGGCAAUGGUAUAUGAGAGUUUUGUCCUGUUCCCAGCGCUCUGUGAGAAAUUGCAAGGCAUCUUUUGCUUGGGCGGAAAUUGAGCCGGCAGAAAGGUCGCGGCGGACUAUGAAUUUGGCAUCCAGGUAUGCGGUUGCGGCCAGCGCACCGGCUACGGAAGCGGCGAUUUUUGUCACUGCGAUGAGGGCCCGUUAGUACUGGAUUGGAACAUGAUAUGGGACAUUAACUUACAGGGCAUAGUAGAUUUCGUUCAGGUUUCUACAAUAAUUUACUGGGGUGCGAGAAUGGAGAUGAAUUGUAGAGUAGAAAGAGGAUUCAGCAAGGCAGAUUGGCGGAAGCGCAGUAAAUAUCGGCCACAAUAGAUUAUUCUGCUUCCCCUCGGUGAAAACUACCUAGGUAGAAGAGGUGUAAACUGCUCGGGUAGAUUGAGACAGUAUAGCUCCGCUCUCCUCUGUCUAGAUGAACACGAUUGAGCUCCGGCUCGGCUGAAGCGUUUAUCCUCCUACAAGUCAAACAGAGAACUAGAGUGUUUGAACUAGAAAACCGAAGCAUUCAUCAAAUACGCUGUAGAUUCUAGUUCUGCACAACCUCGCAAUCUAUAGCCAUUUACCGAGGCAAAUCGAGCUCCGAGCUGUCAAUUUGUUUAUUUCAUGUUGAACAUCAAAGAAUAAAAAGAAUAGUAUUCCCCCCCACGACUCCACAAGAGCAGAUUAUCCAACAUCCCCCGCAUUUUGCUUCGGCAACACCUUGGCAAAUCGUCAACUUCCCCGGCCUAGCGAGCGGCUCGCGGUAGUAGAGCAUGCCACUGCGGCGCUCGGCAGCCGGCCCAGUGGGAGUUGAGGGGAAACGCGAGCCUUAAUUUCCACAAUCAAGCAGGCCGAGGAAGCUGUCUUGUCUUCGCCUGGAGUCUGCGGAGAGUGUUUUCAUUAUUUGUAUCAAAGAGGCAGAGCGCUCGCUCUUCUUGAUCAUUGAGCAGUUAAAUUUUUCUGGGCUGGACGCCGGACCGGAGAUAACUAUGUCCUCCCUAAGUCCCCGUUAUUGAAUUGGAUUUACGGAGUAUGCACUGUUGAAUCUUGGGGGAGAAAGUCUCAAGCAGGCUAUACGAGAUGCUUCUAUUAAUUGCAUGGAGAUGCCAAUCAUUGUCCGUGUUCAGAGCCACUAAAUAAGCAAAAUACGAUGAUGCUUGGCUUCUUCAACUUCAGAGACCGGUGGUGGAGACAUAUCGAGCUUCAUUGACGCAACUAUAUAUCAACACCGCUAUGAACAAGGAAGAAUCGUAUUCAUCCAGAUUCGGAUAUCUAUCCCGCGAAGUAAUCUUGUGCCCGAAUCCCCCAAGGUCCAAGGCACACCCUGUCCGUCAUCCUAGUCUACGUUCUGCUUCAAGGAACCAGGUAGUUAGUGAUGAAACUUCAAUUCAUGGUGCUUUUUUGUUUUUUUAAAAAAAAGAAAAGAAAAGAAAAG